AUGAGCUUUUUGGCUGAAAAAAAAAAAAACUACAUAAAAAUUAAUAAUCCGCUAGAUAUUGAUUCUUUACGGUUAAAGUUCAUUGUAAUAAUGGAUCGAGAUGAGGAUGAAUCGGAUACUUUGGGAGUGAAGCUUGUAGAUCAGGAUCAGUUGGAAAGCUCGAUAACUCAAAGGGCAAAUGAAGCACUUAUCAGUAAAGAUGCGGAAUUAGAUCAAAAACGGCUAGAGAAGAGCACAAGAGAUUUAAAUAAGACUCUAGGUAAAAUCCGAAGCUUACAAAAGCGCCUGGAGAACCCAAAGACAAAGCUAAGUCAAAGAAAGCAGUUGAAGGAUGAAAUUGAAUGGUAUAAUGAGAAUGAACUUCAUCCCUUGAAACAAGAUAUUCAAGAUAUUACUGAGAGAUUGAACGACAAUAGGAACCAGCUUAAUCAUUCGAAAGAGAAAAAGAUCAAUCAGGUUACAGAUGAAAGAUUACCGGGGGAAACAGAAAAGGAUUUUCUCAUCAGAACAGGUAAGAUAACGGCGUUUGGGAAUGCAAAUUCGUUCCAACAAGAUGAUAAUGGUAAAGGUGAAGCUGCGAAGAGCCAUGUUUUCUUGAAAGAGCCCGGAUUUGAACCCAGUAAUGAAUCCAGUAACGAACCCAGUAUCUUUGAGGAAGUCAAUGAUGAUGAUUAUGUCUAUGAUGAAGAAGGUCCGAGGAAAAGGAAGAAAAGAUUGGAAGAAGAGGCCGAAUACGAGCAUGAGCACUCGAGUCUGGGCUCAGCAGGCGUCGAUUUAGAUGGAGCUACAAAGGAACAAGAAAGUAAAGAAGAGAGCAUCGGGGAACAAGAAGACUCUGAGGAUGUCUCUGUACUGAAAUUGUUGAGUCGAAAUGUAGAUGAUGGAGAUGAAAGAGUGUACCAAAUUCGGUUGAAAGACUGGAUCAAAAGGAGGUCUGCACUUAGAGAGAACGAUGAAGAAAAAGAUAAAGAAGAGUGGUUCAAGCCCCAUCCAAAGAUUCCGGACGCUAUAUUGAAUUCGAAAUUCAGAUUGCCUGGAGACAUAUAUCCAUCAUUAUUUGAUUAUCAAAAGACGUGUGUGCAAUGGCUCUGGGAGCUCUAUUCACAGAAGACUGGUGGAAUAAUAGGAGAUGAAAUGGGAUUGGGCAAAACCAUUCAAAUAAUAUCUUUCAUUGCAGGUUUACAUUACUCAGGCUUGUUGGAAAAGCCUGUUCUAGUGGUUGUACCAGCUACAGUUUUGAAUCAGUGGGUUAAUGAAUUUCACAGAUGGUGGCCACCUUUAAGAUGUAUUAUACUUCAUAGUAUCGGUUCUGGUAUGACUUCUGUUGCUUCUGAAGACAAAUUGGAUGAGUUUUUGGAGAUGAACGAUCCCGAGUCUUCGAAAGGAAUCGUCAAGAACGUCAGCAGUCAAAUCAAUGCACAAGAGGUUAUUAAUAGAGUAAUGGAAAAGGGACAUGUACUUGUGACGACGUAUGUUGGCUUGAGGAUAUACUCAAAAUACAUUUUGCCAAAGGAAUGGGGAUAUUGUAUAUUGGACGAGGGUCAUAAAAUAAGGAACCCCAACCUGGAUAUAUCAUUGACUUGCAAGCAAGUAAAGACAUACAAUAGAAUUAUUUUGUCAGGUACACCUAUACAAAAUAACCUUAUUGAAUUAUGGUCUCUUUUUGACUUUGUUUUCCCUGGACGUUUAGGAACUUUGCCAGUGUUUGAACAACAGUUUGCCAUUCCCAUUAACAUGGGAGGAUAUGCAAAUGCAUCAAAUGUACAAGUACAAACGGGAUAUAAGUGUGCAGUUAUAUUACGAGACUUGAUUUCUCCGUAUUUAUUGAGAAGAUUAAAAGUGGACGUUGCUAAGGAUUUGCCGAAGAAGAAUGAAAUGGUUCUCUUUGUAAAAUUAACCAGGACUCAACAAGAUCUUUAUGAAACAUUUUUACAAAGUGAAGAUCUAAAUUCGAUCCUAAAAGGAAAGAGAAAUGUCUUGAUGGGUGUCGAUAUCUUAAGGAAGAUUUGCAACCAUCCUGAUCUUGUUUAUCGAGAUCAGCUAAUGUAUAAAAGUAAUUAUGGCAAUCCAAGCAAAUCAGGGAAAAUGCAAGUUCUUAAAAACUUACUACAGAUUUGGGAAUCAGAGAACCACAAGAUUCUACUAUUUUGUCAAACGAAACAGAUGUUGGAUAUCUUGGAGAAGUUUGUGAGUAGAUUAAAGAUCUUGGAUAGAGAAACUGGAGAAGAGAACCAAUCGCUUCAGUAUUUCACAUAUUUGAGAAUGGAUGGCACUACCCCAAUUUCAAGAAGACAAGAUCUUGUCGACAGAUUUAAUGAGGAUAAAAGCAUAAAAGUAUUUCUUUUGACUACGAAAGUCGGAGGCUUAGGGAUAAAUUUGACAGGCGCCGAUAGAGUUAUCAUAUACGACCCUGAUUGGAACCCCUCUACAGAUAUUCAAGCUAGAGAAAGAGCUUGGAGACUCGGUCAAAAGAAAGAUAUCACGAUAUAUAGAUUAAUGACAACGGGAACGAUAGAGGAAAAAAUUUAUCAUCGUCAAAUUUUCAAGACUUUCUUAACCAAUAAAAUAUUGAAGGAUCCUAAACAGAGAAGAUUUUUCAAAGUGAACGAUCUUCAUGAUUUAUUUACCUUGGGAGACCAAGAUGAAGCAGGAACUGAGACCGGAAACCUAUUCCAUGGAUCUGAAAGAAAUAUAAGUGGUGGUAAAACCAGGCCUUCUAACAAAUACAUGAAGAAACACGAUAAUGAUGACGACUUUUAUCAGGUAGCCAACAUUAUGGGAGUCUCAAAAUUGGAUAAAUACGAAGGCGGAGAGGAAGACGAUGAAGCUAAUAACAAUGGAAGUAAUAGUAAGGAUGAAAACAGAAUCAUGGAGAAUAUAUUUGCUAGCAAGGGGGUUCAUAGUGCUUUAAAGCAUGAUAGUAUUGUUGACUCGAAUAAUCAAGAAUACAGCUUGAUUGAAAGGGAAGCAAAUAAAGUUGCAACACAAGCAGCAGAAUCACUUAGAAGAUCGAGAAAGCUAACAAGGAAAAAGAAUAUUGGUACACCCACAUGGACUGGUAAGUUUGGACUUGCAGGCAAAUUUGGACCGCAGAAGAAAAGUAAAUCUUCAUUGGCAUCCACAUCAAUCUUACAGGACUUGAAGCAACAAAAAGAUAUUGGAUCAAUCUCUCCAAUAACAUCUGGGCCGGAAAAAGGGACCCCUCCGAGUCGCUCAGACUUCAAGAAAGAUCUCAUGCCAAAGCUUAUUUCUUAUCUUAAAGAAUGUCCAAGCUACUUCAGUCUGUCGAACGAUAUUUUAAAACAUCUCAAAGUACAAGUAGAUAAGGAUGAGAUUAUAAUAUUAGUCAGAUCUAUGCUUCGGGAAAUAGCUCAAUGGAACCUGGAAAAGAAAGGUUGGCUGUUGAAGGAAGAAUUCAGAGAAGAGCCCGAACCUAAAGAUAUCAAUUCUUGA